GGUAAUGGAGAGGCGGCCUUUGUUUGUCAGUGGUUAAGAAAGACCCGCGAGCUGUGGUGUGUUGUUGAUCUGGUAAACUGUUUUGGAUUUACAAGAUUCGUUUGAAUAUCAAAGAUGAAGAAAAGAGGAAGAGGUCGACAGAAAACUCCAUUAGGGUCCAAAAAAACUUCCCCUGAUCUGCAAGAUGUCCUUUUCAAUCCACAAAUGAGGAAUAGUACUGGUGCUACCUCAUUAGUCGUACCAGAAACACCUACAAAUUCUAGUACGAGUGUAGUUACGGGCUCCACCUUUACGUCUGUGAUGGAAACUCCAGAUGAUGAAUUACUAAAUAUUGUAAAUAACUGUGUUACCAAUGCAGAUAAUAAGAACCAUGAACAUAAUGAAGCUGUUGUACAAAAUAGUGAUCAAAUCAAUGAAACGAAUGAUGAUUCCCUCACAUUUGCUAUUACACCAGAUCUUAAUUUGGGCAGAACUAAGAAACUGUUGUCUAUUUUGGAGUCUGAACAUUCCUUCGCAAAAUCCCUCCAAUCUCAACAAAUGAAAAACAGUUCAAUGCUUUUUGGUCAGAAUAAUAAUAAUGAAAGAAGAAGAACAAGAGUAACAGAGAGAGUUGGGAUGCUUUCUCCUGUAAAAGGUAAAAAAAGGUUAUCAUUAGCUGACAUUAUAUUACCAUUUGAUCUUAAUAAUUCUACAAAUGGUUCACAUAAAGUUAGAUCAAUCAUAGAAAAGGAACACAAGCCAAGGAGAUCAAUGAAUACACCAACCAAACCUCUGCCCACAAACUCCAGGAAAAUGCUGCGGUCACAAUUACCCAAUAAAGGUGAUAGUAAAGUCGAAGGUGAUAAUUUAGAAGUUGGAAAGGGAGAAAAUGUAACUUUGCACUUUAAUAGUGAAGAUCUCCAAUUGACUCCAGUAGUCAGUAGUAGUCAGCAAGCUCUUGAGAACACUAUUCAUGGUAUCAUAGAGGGACUUGAAUCACAAAAUUUAGAUGAAACUGAUCCAGUUGAAGGACAGCCACCAUGUUUAUUAAAUGGUGAAACCCAAAAGCAGCUAUUGCUUAGUUUAAAAAAGAUGAAAGGUCGGCGUUGGAGUGUUUGUGGCAAGGUAGCGUGUGAAGCACUGCCAGGAGCACAAGCAUUGGCACGUAAUUUAAAUGUGAAUCUUGGUGGGUCUAAUAAGGCUUUGUCAUCUGACAUGUCAUUGCCAGAUAACAAUCCUGAAAGACUGAAGAAGGAUAAUUGUGAUGCUAUAUCUCGAGAACCUGCAAAACCACAACCAGAACUGAAGUCAAUUUUGUCAGGUGUUGUUGCUUAUGUAGAGGUUCGCAUGGAGUGUGAUAAUCGUUCUGCAGUCAUUAAAGAACACGUGCGUGCUUUGGGGGCAGAGGUGCAAGAAAGGUUAAAUGCAUCUGUUACCCAUGUUAUCUUUAGGGAUGGCUCUAAGACUGUUUUCAACCGAGCCAUGAAGCGUGGACUACACUUGGUAUCAUCGUUGUGGGUCGAGGCGUGUCGCGAGCAGCAGCAGCGUGUGCCUGAGGCACUCUACCCCAGCUGCUCAAUUGAGACCUACUCAAAGCCACUUCUAUCUGCUAAACUCAGAAGGCUAAGGUCUAUGCAGCCAAAAGAGCUUUCAGAAGAAGAAAAGCUAGCAACUGCUCGUGCCCGCCGGCGGCUCAAAGCCGUAAGCUCCCCAUCAGAUUCAUCUGCGUCAAGUAAUAAGCAGUUUGCUUUUCCAUCAUAUAAUUCUGAAAAGGAGGCUGUAAACUCGCCACUGUUUGGCAUCAGUCAUCUUUUGACCCCACGUCAACGCCAGUCUGUAUCGUCUGCAUCAAGUGAGGAUGACGAAAACAAUUCAGAAUUUUUGUCUCAGGGCAUCAAUACCCCACUCGUAAAACGCCUCUACGAUAGAUUCUUUUCUCCCAAAUCAGACGGCAGUAACACAGGCCGCAUCAGAAGCAAAGUUGGUCUUUCCUUUGACUCCUCUUCAGAAGAUGUAUUUUGUGGAAGUGAUGAAGAGAGAUCAGCAAGAGGAAGGGUAGAGUCUUCAAUAUUAGAAAAUGAGGAGAGUCGGCUGACUAUUGGCAGUAAAACCCAGUCUGAUGAAAGUGUUAAUCUAAAACUAAGGCUGAGUAAUAGCAAUAAUAAUGUUGAGGCAGAAGAAAUGCCUGUUAGAUUAACUGGAAAACCAUCAAAAUCAGAAACAAACUUUGUAAAUCCUUUGCAAGAUGAGAAGGGAAAUAUUCAAGAAUCAGUUUAUAGUUCAUCUUCGGAAUUUGAAGAUUCAGAACUCGUCAAAAGUAGCUCACUUGUGGCAGAUGCCAGCCGAGGACAGUGUGAGGGUGAGAGCAUGCCUGCACGCUGUGAUAGUGGUGAUACACCACCCUCGAGGCCAGACAACUGUUAUUUUAACCAUAAUGAUACAAAUAUUGAAAACAAAUCUCCAGUGAAAAGAAAGUCUGUAACUUCACAAGAGAAUGCUGUAUCAGAAGUAAAUGAAUUAAUUACCAAGUGUUUAAUUGGGCCAAAAGAGAAAAAAAGUAGAAUAAAUGCUGAAGAAACACAAAUGAAUGUCAGAAUUACAAGAUCCAAAACAAAAUCUUGUAGUAAUAAUAAUAAAAAAAUAGUUAAAAAAAAAACUUCAGUUUUAGAAGUUGAAACACAGACAUCAAGAAGUUCUAAAAAAAAAAAAACUGAUGUUAAUGUAACAUCAGAGAAAGAAUCUUUUAGUUUUGACUUCAGCCAAAAGACAUCUGAAUGCAAUAACUUUAGCAAUAAAGACUUGAACAGUGACAAAAGUAACUCCAUAGGAACAAGGACAAAUUCUGUUGACAGAACCAGUAUAACCAACUCAAUAGAUGACCAGCAUUCAUUUAUCCCAGAUUCCCAGAAUACUUUUUUCAGUUCCUCACAAGCUAGGAGGAGAAAGCUACUCAGUGUGGAUGUGUUGAUGCCAUCUCAGGAGCUUAUAAUACCGGUUACUCCAGAUGGUCGUGACAAAAUUAUACGAGGACCAUACGCAGGCCUGCAGAUUAAGGGUGCCAGAACCCAGCGUGCCGCACUGAGGGAUCAAAAAGACAGAAACUCAUCUAUGCCACUGCCACGUAACCACAAAAAUUCCUUCCGUAAUAGAAAAAAGUCAGUUGAAUUUACCUCCUUAAUUAAAGGGCCAAAAUAUGAGCCUACAUCAGAAGAAAGAGAGUUUGUGUAUGUGCAGUCGAACAGCUCGUCUCAACACUCCUUAUGUAAAGAGGCGAGAUCAGAUGAGGAUGAGUUGUUCUCAAGUUCUGGGGAUGAAAGCAUAUUCCUGGAAUCAAAGAUCCGCCCACUUCCACAACCUAGAAAAUCAAUAGAAGAAUUUCAGCUUAAAAAUGGCUUGAAAAGAAGAGAGAAGAAAGGUAAAUCUAAAAGUGGCAAGAAUCCAUCUAUAUGCUUUACCAGUGUGCAUUCCAAAGAAAUGGGCAGCCUCAUUUCAAUAAUUAAGAAGCUAAGAGGCUACCGAAUAACAGAGCACGUCAACACCAGCACAACACAUGUAGUGUGUGGAGCGUCCCGGCGUACGAUGAACCUUCUGUUUGGUAUUGCCCUCGGGUGUUGGGUUGUUGAUGUGUCUUGGUUGUAUCAGUCCUUAGAAAUGGAAACUUGGGCACCAGAAGAACCGUUUGAAAUAUUUACGUUUUCCCCAGGAGCUAAGAUUUGUCGGGAACAAAAACAACGACAAGGCACCUCGUACAAACAAACACUUUUCUCCGGAGUUGGCAACAUCUUCGUUCAGGAAGGUUGUGUACCUCCAUCAAGUCAACUACGGGACCUGUUGCAGCUGUGUGGUGCUGUAGUGGUCUCAAAUGUUCGCAGUGCAAAUCUGGUAAUUGGCAAGCCUACUGCUGCAACAGAAACGAGAGGUAAUUUUGCUAAAAUCACUCACGUCUCGGAAAAGUGGGUAUUGGACUCGAUACAGUACCAUAAACUUCAGCCUUUUCAUCUCUCACCAAGUCAGACUACGUAAAGCUUAGUACACUAUGCUUUGGUAGCCUGAAUGGCAGUAUGUCGUCUGCAUCAGUAAUAUUGCCUUUAAAAAGGUCAUUAAUCAUUAAAACUAAAGCUAUAUUUUAAGUUGUUCCCUAUUGUCAUAAAAUUAUCACUUCAAAUCAUUUUUUCAAAACCAAUACAAUACAAUAUUGUGUAAAUUUGCUCCCAAAUGUGAUAGUGCUGUUUACUAAAAUUCAUAAGCAGUAAAGUUUCCCCGAGUUUGUAUAAUUCUGCAUUAAAACAAGAACUCUGUGACAGUAAUCACAAAAUGUAUUAUUAUUAAAAAUUAAAAUGUGAUAAUUAAAACCAUUACUUUGCAAAAUAGCUUUGCUUCAUGCCAAAAGAAUUCAGUUUAUUUAAAUGAACAGAGAAAGAUAUGUUCUUUGGAGUGUAGCACUUGACAAAUGUAAUACAGUAUAUAUAUAAUAUAUAUAUAUUUACAUAUCUACAGUAAUAAUAUAAUUGGAGAUGUACCACUAUGUGACAAAACUAUAUAUACAGUAUACUACAGUAAUAAUAUAAUUGAAAUGACUUACUAUUCUGGGAUGCUUCCUGGUCAAAAACAAACUAUUUAUUGUAUGUUUGAAAUAUGAAGUAUUUAUUUGUAUUAGUUAUGGUAUUGAUAGUUUAGUUCAUUAUGACUUUUGAAAUGCUGUACAUUCAUGGACAGAAAAUAAUUGUUGUAUUUGUAAAAAAAAAUAUAUAUAUUUGUAUAUACAACUGCAGUAUUAUUUAUAAUAUGUACAAUCUAAAUUAUAUUUGUAAACAUUUUGGUUGCGUAUAAAAGCCUUAAUACAUUGCUAAAAUCUUGCCUCUAAGUAAAACAUUAAAAAAUUUA